CUCUAAUCGUAUAUAAUUUGGGCGAUAAAUCAACGUAUAUAAAUUGUUUAACAGUAAUACUCAAACUAAGUAAGACUUCUUCCGUUGACUUGUGAAGACAAUUUACCAAUUCAAAAAUGAAACAGUUCGUUGCUUUGUUGGUUUUCGCUUUGGCUGCCACCGCUAUGGCUAGGCCAGAAGUAAACAAGGAGCAAAUUGCUCAAUCCGCUCAAAGGGUAAAACAAGCCCAUGACAAAUGCCAAGCUGACCCUGCUACCGCCAUCGACGAUGGUGCCCUCAGGAAUUUGCAUAGCGGAGGUGCACAACCAGCGAAUAUGGCUGCCCACGCUCUGUGCAUAUCCAAGGGUCUCGGCUGGCAAAACGCUGAUGGCGCAAUCAACAAGGACUACAUCCAAUCUCGUGCCGAAGCCAUUUUCGGUUCCAAUCCCAAAUUGCAACAGAUCGUAGAUGAGUGUGCCAUAGCUCAGGCCACCCCCGAAGCUACUGCCGAACAUUUGUUCAGAUGCUACAGGAAAUACGCUCCACGUCCCGAAGGAGCCCAUCCCGCCCACUAAUAACUCUUUAUUUGGAGUGAUUUUUUAUUGGCGUUAUUUGUAAAUAAUUAAAUAAUAAAGGGUAGACGCUAAA